AUGACCACGUCUCCCGUUGAUAGCUUCUCAGAAGAGGAAGAUGACACUGAAGUUUCACUCAUUAGCGAGACCGAUUUGAAAAAAUUGAUUGCACAACAACAUUUAAAUGGUGAUCUGGGCUCGGUAGUAGCUUCUGAACAAGACGAGUUCAACCAUCUAUCUAAAGAAAACAAACUAGAUCGAUUAAACAACUUAAUUGAAAAAUCACAAAUCUAUUCAAAGAUUAUUGCAGACAACAUCUUACAAUCAGUAUUGAGCAAAAAAGACAGUACUAAUUACGAGAGUAAUGAUGAUGUUAGAAACUCCGACGCUCAGCAAUCAUCAAACAAAAGCCUGCCAGUACGGAAAAAGAGGAAAACCAACAAAAAGACCGCAAAGAAAGGGCAAGAUGUGGUAUCAAUGUUAAAGACUGAUAUCUCAGAUAGCACAGUAGCUACAAGACAGGCAAUUGAGAAAUCUCAAACCGCGCAUACCAUGGCACAGCCAAAAAUAAUAUCAGGAGGUACAUUGAAAGAUUACCAGUUGGAUGGAUUGGAGUGGUUGGUGACAUUGUACGAAAAUGGUCUCAAUGGUAUAUUGGCUGACGAAAUGGGGUUGGGUAAGACGUUGCAAUGCAUUUCGUUUUUGGGUUACUUGAUAGAAAAUGGUAUAAAUGGCCCAUUUUUGAUUGUCGUUCCCUUGCUGACCUUGUCCAAUUGGUACAACGAAUUUCAAAGAUUUGCACCAAAGAUUGAGGUGUUGAAAUAUUCCGGAUCCAAGCAAGAAAGAGCAAAAUUGCAUUUCAAUAACAAAAAGUUCAACAUCGUUCUUACAACUUAUGAGAUUUCAAUCAAGGAUUUCAAAAAGUUUGCCGAUAUGUCAUGGCAGUAUUUGAUUGUGGAUGAAGGACAUCGUUUAAAAAACAGCCAAUGUUUGUUGAUAAAGAUUUUGAAAAAACUUGAUGUGACAAAUCGAUUGCUACUAACUGGUACGCCACUCCAAAACAACUUGAAUGAAUUAUGGUCUUUACUCAACUUUAUCUUGCCGGAUAUCUUUCAUGAUUUGGAGUUGUUUCAACAAUGGUUUGAUUUCGAUCAAUUGGCAAAUUUUGAACAGAAUGUCGAAGAUGAGGAGACCAAAAAUUUGAUCAAACUUAAUAUCCAGGAAACGUUAGUCAAAAACCUACACACAAUCUUGAAGCCCUUCAUUUUGAGGAGAUUGAAAAAAGAUGCCAUCCAGGAUUUACCUCCAAAGAAGGAAUAUUUGAUUCAUAUAUCAUUAACUGAAUUGCAGCGUAAAAUUUACCGUGAUGCAUUGAAUGGUCAACUUCAAAAGGGAUUAGUGGAGUCGAAUUUGAAAGAAUUUAUCAAGUAUAAUCACCAAGAACUAUUUAAAAACUAUGAUAUUGACUCGUUUUUGGAAAAUGUCGAUUCUGUCAUCAAGGAAAAGUCACCAAGGGAUGUUAACAAAUCAUACCAGGAAGCUGGCUCUGAUGACGAAUUUGAAGUGGUGGACUAUGACGAAGGAUUAGUUGACGUGGAGAAAAAUUACACUCCCUCGUAUGAAGAGGUGGUGAGCAAAUUUGCAACUUUCAAGACUAAAAGCGAUAAGCAAUCAGCAAUAUUGAAAGCAUUAUACACAGAUAUCGUAUCUCAUAUCAAGCAUUUGAAAUUGCAAGCAUUAAAGAUGAUCCAAUUAAGAAACAUUUGCAAUUCGCCGUAUUUGUAUUAUGAACCAUUCCCGAUUGACGGAGAACACGACGAGCAAUUUAUCGGAAAGCUUGUGGAGAAUCUGACGAAAUUUCAAGCUCUCAAUCAAAUAUUACCACCUUUGAUUGAAUCCGAACACAAGUGUUUGAUCUUUUCCCAGUUUACCAAAGUUAUGGAUUUGAUUCAAGAUUGGCUUCACUUUCAAAACAUUGAUGUAUGUCGUUUAGACGGAUCUACACCCCAAAGUGAGAGAGAAGAACAAAUCGCACUGUUCAAUGAUAGCCGCUCCCCGUACAAGGUGUUUUUACUAUCAACUAGAGCGGGUGGGCUAGGAAUUAAUUUGACUGCAGCUGAUACCGUUUUUUUAUUUGAUAGUGAUUGGAAUCCGCAAGUGGAUUUGCAAGCAAUUGAUCGAGUGCACCGCAUUGGCCAAGAUAAACCGGUAAAGAUUUUCCGUUUUAUCGUGCGUGACUCAAUUGAAGAGAUAUUGAUCAGUAAAUCGAGUUCAAAACGAUUUCUUGAAAAAUUGGUGAUUCAAAUGGGGGAGUUCAAAUUCAACAAGAUGAAACAAAUGAUGGAAAAUAGUGGGAAGGAUUUGGACGCCAGUAUGAAGGAAUUAUUUGAAUGGAGUAAACAUAAUUUCAAUCAUAGCGAUUCAUCACGAAAUGCUACUUCGCCACAAGAUCAACCAAUCACCAAAGCUGAAUUGCAAGAGUUGCUAGACAGAUCUGAAGCUUGUUAUCAAAACACUGACGAUUCCAAAUUCAACAAUAUAACCAUUUUCGAAACUACAAAUAAUCUAGAUAAAUAG